CUAAUAGAAUCAAAAUGCAAUAGAACCUGCAUGGUUAUCGCUGUUGGCAGUGCAUUUGUUUUAUUUGUUUUUGUACUAAUAAUUUAUUUAUGUUACGCGAUGAAUCAAAAAGAUAAAAAAAAAUUCACGAUUCAACAAAACGCAUCAUUUGGUAAAAGUCGAUACUUUGAUAAAAAUAUGGAUUUCAAAAAUGACAGUAUAGAAGAAAACAUAUCUAUAUCUAAUCUAGGAUAUGGUCUAUACACAAUGUUUAGUGAAAAUAAUAUGUCAUCGCAAAAUAUAAGUUACGACAUUCCUUUUGAUCAAAGCGAAAAAUUUACCGACGAUAGCACCAUGUGCGACCAAGAUAUAGGGUCGUGCAAAGAUAUAGGGUCGUGUGAUUAUUCCUACGCUAAGCAGCUAGUAUUAAGCCGUAGUCUUUUUGGAUUCUCUUCGUUCAAGCAAAAAGAUCCAAAUAUUGAAAACCAAGCUGAGAUUCCUAUUUCCCAGUUUGAUAUAUUUUCUAAACAAACAUAAACCUGUCUUAUAUUUGUAACACAUUAAUAUGCUAUCUUUUAAAUAUAUCAUCAUUUUAUUA